GAACAAGAUCUUAUCGUAUCAGUUAACGAUAAGAUCGACGGUAUAUAACCCAACACCAGUGGAGAUCUCAAAAAUCCAAGCUCGCCUCCUUGUUCGCUUCUCUCCCUCUCGGACUGCGUGGACGCGAUCGACAUGCUGUCUGCCCUCUUUGCCUUUGCUGCCCUCACGGGCGUUGCUCGUGCUGCUCUUUCAGAACAUUGGUGGAACAUCUCCUAUGCGUACACCAAUCCCGAUGCCAUGUUCGAGCGUCGUGUCAUCGGCAUCAACGGCACUUGGCCACCACCGCCAGUCACGGUUAACCAGGGUGAUCAGCUCAUCAUCCAUGUUACAAAUGGCCUUGGCGACGCUAACACUGGUAUCCACACCCAUGGCAUCUACUUCAAUGGGUCAGGUUAUUACGACGGCGCGGUCUACAUCACUCAAUGUCCGAUCCAGCCUGGUGAUACUCUAACCUACGAGAUCCCCACUGAUCUCAACACCGGCACCUACUGGAUCCAUGGUCACUACCGCGGUCAAUAUGUUGAUGGCCUCCGUACACCUUUGGUCAUCAACCCCCCGACCAACGCAUACAACUAUGACGAGGAAUACACCCUCGUUUUAGGAGACUGGUACCAUGAUCAACAUGAUGAUCUCCUGGCCAUUUACAUGAAUCCUUUCGACCCGACAGGUGCUGAGCCAAUUCCAAAGGGAGCUAUUGCAUUCGUCGCUAGUGGAAAUCCGUUGCAGUACAUGGACAGCAAUGAGGAGAUCGGUGUGGGUACCGGUGUCAGCUCUGCUAACAAGACGGGUGCUAUCCUUAACUUUGAGUCUGGUAAGACCUACCGCAUCCGGCUCAUCAACGAGGCUGCUUUUGCGAUGUUCUACUUCUCUAUGGCCGGUCAUACUAUGCAAGUCAUCGAAGUCGAUGGGACCGAUACAGAGCCUUAUGCGAUCGAACACAUAUGGAUAACGGCCGCUCAGCGUUAUUCCAUCUUGGUCCAAGCCAGGAAUGAUACUUCCCAGAACUGGCCGAUCAUGAUGAAUAUGGACGGUGAAAUGUUCGAUAGCAUUCCUGAUGACCUCGUGCUCAACAUCACGGCUCAUGUUGUCUAUGAUGCUACUCAGCCUCUCCCCGAGCCAGAGUUCUACGACAGCUACCCCAUGUGGAACGACACCGUAUUCACCCCGCUUGACGUUCUGCCUAACGUACCCGCCGACCAGUCCAUCACGAUGAACAUCUGGUUUGAGGCAUAUACCGAUGGCAUCAAUUACGGUUCCUUCAACAACAUCACUUUCCGUAUGCCGAUUGUUCCGUCUCUCUACACCCAGUUAUCCAUGGGUAGUGCGGCCACCGACCCGGCUAUCUUUGGUGCACAGACCAACGCCUUUGUUUUGAACCAUCUGGACAACGUGGAGCUCAUGUUGUACAACUGGCACACCGACAACCACCCCUUCCACUUGCAUGGUCACAAGUUCCAGGUCGUUUACAUGUCUCAGGACGUCAUGUCCGAUGAUCCCACGAUCAACCCCCCUUUCAAUGAGGUUCAGGCGAACCCAAUGCGGCGUGACACUGUCAUGGUUCCUGCUGGAGGUCUUGUCCGUGUGCGCUUCCGUGCCGAUAACCCGGGUGCCUGGCUCUUCCAUUGUCACAUUGAAUGGCAUCUCGAUGCAGGUCUUGCUGCCGUCUUCAUCGAAGCCCCGCUCCAAGCGCAAGCGAAUCUCCAAGUACCCCAGUCCUUCCUCGACUCGUGUACUGCGCAGAACAUUCCUUACACCGGUAAUAUCGUCGGAUUGAACUCUACGACUGACUUCGACGGCGAGCCCUAUGGCCCCUGGCCGCAGGAGACCAUUUUCGGCUGGACAAACAAGGCAAUGGGUGCCAUGGCGGGUUGUAUCAUCGCUGCUGUGAUUGGCUGCGCGACUGUCGUCUGGUAUGCUAUGAACCCCUUCCAGGACGACGAGCGCGAGGAACUGGCCAUCGCCGAGUUUGAAAAGAAACAGAUGGCUGGUGGAAAAUUGGGAUUCUUCAAGAAGCUCGUCCCAGGUAAGAAGAACGAGUCAUAAAGAUGGUUACGUAGACACGAACCUAGCAUUGUGUACGAUAUGUAGUUGCUUGCACCUU